AUGUUAAGAUUACCAAACUUUUGGGAAGACGAGUUUAAGCAACCAUUGUUGUCAAUGGAUCAAGGAUACAUCAAGGAACAAGGUAUCGAUGCUUUGGUAGAGCGUGCUGCCAAAUGGAAAGAAUACCUAAGAAUGUCUAAAGAAGAGAUUGUUAAAAUAGAAUAUGGAACUCAAGAACCUGAUCGUAUCUUUAUUCUCGACGCUGAACGUACCUUUCACAAUGAAGACAGUAAAAAGAAGUUAGUCCGUAUCCUCAAUUAUAUUAGCAAGAGUCACAGUCAUAGUCAUAAUCACACAUCGUAUACGAACGGUCAAGAGAUUGAAUACAUAUGUCAAGAAGAUGAAGAGAGGAAAGAAGAGAAGAAAGAAUUCAAAGAAGAAGAAGAAGAAGCAGAAGAAUAUUGGAGAUUAUCAACAAGUAUGUUGUUGCCAGGCUUUUGGAGAGCUGAAGCCGUCUCGUUUGGCACAGAGGCACAAACAUUCUUUAAGAUCCUCGACAAGGUGCACCCAGCCGUCACCAAACACCUCCAAGAAAAUUUGAUUGAGGCUGGCACCAUCUGCCAACGUUGGUUCCUCGGUCUCUGCGUACAUUGCUUGCCAUUCCAAGAGCUCUUCCGUUACUUUGACGAAUUCUUCAAGGGUGGACGUAACUUUUUGCUCAGUUUUGGUCUUGCCUUGUGCGGCAUCUUGGAAAAGGAGAUUUUGGCCACUAAAAAUACCGACACUAUCUUUGCUUUGCUCAGACUCGACAAGAGUGUCAUCAAAGACAAUGCUGUCUUUGGACGUAUUCUCGACGACGUUCCAUCGUACAGAGACCGUCUCAAGAACUUUGAUCUCGAUAUUCUCCGUGCCGAAUCCUACGAAAUCAUCGUCAAGCCACGUCUUGCUGCCGCCCAAAAGGCCCGUGAAGCCGUCGUCAUCAUCGAUGAUUGCCAAUGGUGUCUCGAUAACCUCCCAGAGGCAUACUGCAUUGAAUGCGCCGCCGUCGUCUGCCAAGACUGUCUUGACAUUGACCAAGACGAAAGAGGUCACAAGGAAUCACACAAAGUCAUCUCUAUGGAAGAAUAUGAAGAUCGUCUUGAUGAAUUCACAGCCGCCGCUGCUUCUGACAAAAAGGAAGAAUCCACACCAGAAGAACUUACCGAAAAGAUUUCAAAUUUAUCAAUCUAA